AUGGGAGGCGAAUGUGUACCGGACAAUUGCCGUGAAUGCGGAAGCGCGGACGUAGUAACGGAUUAUAGUGCGGGUGAUGUUGUAUGUCGUAGCUGCGGUAUGAUCCUCGGUGAGCGCAUAAUAGAUGAUUCUCCCGAAUGGCGAACGUUUGCUAAUGAUGAUCGGGGUGGUGACCCCGCUGCCAAAUCCAGGGUCGGCGACGUCGCGGACGCGCGGCUAGAUAGUCUUUCGCUGACUACAUAUUUGGUGGAUACAAAGAAAAGCAGUGGCACUGAGUCGGGACGUCAACACAAACGCCCCAAUGUCUCGUCCGACAGCGCUAAGGUCAAGAGGAUGCAACGCAAUAUGACGCGCAUUCAAGAAGUUGCAAGUUCAUUAUCGAUACCAAAGAAGAUUGUUGAGAUUGCAUUGGACGUGUAUGCGGAAGCUGAGAAGCAGAACGUUAUUGUGCGAGGCCCUGAACGCGAGAGUAUGACUGUUGCAGUGCUAUUUAUUGCAUGCAGGAAAGCUGGUAAUGCACGAUCGCUCAAGGAGUUUGAGGAAGCGUCAGGAAUACCAAAGCGACGCAUCGGUAAAUCCUUUAUGACUUUGCAGCGUCGCUUGGAUCUUGACAUCAAACAAGCGACAACGGAAGAGUAUGUUCAGCGUUUCUGCUCGAGACUCGGUCUACCAAAUAAGACACAGAUGAUUGCACAUGCUGUGGCAAAGAAGGCAGAUAGUCUGGAAUUGUCAAAUGGCCAACCUCCUGUUGCAGUAGCGGCUUCAGUGAUCUAUCUUGUGGCAGCUUACACGAAUGCAAAGCGUUCUAUUCAGGAGAUUAGUGACGUUACGAUGAUUGGCGAGAAGAGCAUGAAGAGAGUAUGCAAGGAGCUAAACAAGAGUCGCGUGGUGCUUUUUGAAGGUGUGGUGAUGACUUAG